UCAGCUCAGCUAUGAGUAACUGCUUUGUGACUCUGGUUGAGAUUCUGAAGGAGAGGGCAGGCCCUCUCGGGGAGGAUGAAAUCUGGGCUUUGUUACAACAGGCCACCGAAGUCUUGCAGAAGACGACAGCACAAGAUGCUGUCCAUGUUACCAUGAGCUACAUUAUCUGCCCCUGGUCGAUGCUCCUGUCAUCCACUGGUGCUUUAUCUUUCCGAAGCAAUCUUUCAGGUGCGGAGAUUUACACCUUUACUGCACCUGAAGUGCUCCAGGGGCGAGGAUCCAACUCACAGCUGGGUACACCCGAGAUGCACGUGUACUCAUUGGGAAUGACUCUGUACUGGGCAGCAGACUACCAGCUUCUUGAAUCACAGCCAAUCCAGCUCAGUGACCUAUUGAACCAGCUACUCCUGAGCAUGUGUGAGGACCUGGCCCACAAGAGGGUGCCAUUGGAAACCAUUCUGGACAUCUGCAAAACCCACCAGCAAAGCUCAGGGCUCCCCCCGGCAGACAUGCACCUAAGGAGACUCGUCAAAGAGGUCCUUGGAAGCAAAGCAGAGCCGAAGCAGACACAGCACGAGGACAGCAACUCGACCCAACUUGACCGGAGCCUCGUGAUCAGGGAGAGGCUGCAUCGUAAAACACUCCCCGAAAUGCCAGCUGUGAUACGCAGGCAGAGCAAUCGCCGAGGGAGCUGGCAUCAGCAAGCAGGCUGGACAGUGCAAAACAGGAGUUCCAGUGCCUAUCAGCUCUGCACAGACAGGUCUGCAAGUGGUAGUCUAAGCACCAACUCUAACGAGAUCCAGCAGGAGAGCGAGUGCGGGUCUCUGCCGAGAUGUGGGCCUCAUCUGCAAACUCAAACCUUGAGUGACGGAGUGAAUUCGGCUCAGAGAUAUGUGCCCGCCAUCAGUGCACUGCACAGAAAAGGGAAGCAUUUAGGACCAGAGUUCAUCAGAAUGGCUGGAGAUCCUGCAGUUCCUCUGGAUUUGCCUGGCUCCAUCGUGAGUAAGAAAGGCAAAGUGCACCUGUUGCCCAGAGAACUCAGUGUGGUCAUGCCCAGCGGGCAGUGCCUGGAAAUCAAGUGCGAUGCCAAGUCAAAGGGCAGCGACGUGUUCAAUAUGGUCGUGGCCUACACUAACCUGGUGGAACAUUUCUACUUUGGACUCGCUUACCUGAAAGAGAAGGAGUUCUUCUUCAUUGACCACGAAACCAAGCUGCACAAGGUGGCACCGGACGGGUGGAAGGAUCAGUCAAAGAGGAAGUCGAUAAUCGUCAACUUCACGCUUUUCCUCAGGAUAAAGUUCUUUGUCGAGAACUUCAGCCUAAUUCAGCACGGCCUCACCAGACAUCAGUACUACCUGCAGCUGAGGAAAGACAUCCUGGAGGAGCGUCUGUACUGCAGCGAGGAGACCUCACUACAGCUCGGCGCCCUGGCUCUCCAGGCGGAGUAUGGAGACUAUGUGCCAGAGGUGCACAUCAAGAACAAAUUCCAGAUUGAGCACUAUAUCCCUUCCAGUGUCAUGGAAAAAAUGGCUAUUACCUGCGUAAAGGAGGAGCUGCCCAGACUUCAUGCCACUUACUUUGGUCUGUCUGAGGAAGAGGCAGAGCUGGAGUAUCUGAAGGUUACUCAGCAGCUCUCGGAGUAUGGUGUGCUAUUCCAUCGUGUGGCCCGGGACAAGAAGGUGGCAGGGGGAGAAAUUGUGCUGGGGAUCUGCGCCAAGGGAAUAAUGGUGUACGAGGUGAAGAACACGACCAGAAUUGCCAGCCUACGCUUUCAGUGGCGUGAAACCGAAAGGAUCAGCUUCAAUAGGAAAAAGUUCACUGUACAGAGCAGUUCAGAUGGAAAGAAGCACAUCUUUAUCACGGACAGCGCCAGAACCUGCGAAUACCUCAUUGAGCUGUGCUCAGCCCAGCACAAGUUCCAGAUGCAGAUGAACUCCCGGCAACUGAGCCAAGCGGCCUUCACUGCUGAGGGGCAGAUCUUUACAUACAACGAUUUAACCUCAACGAGAUACGCUCAGCGAAGACGCUUUGAAGAGAUGCGUAAAGUGUCCCGUUCAGAGACCACAUUGAACCGUUCCAUCUUUGAUGGCCUAUCAGUUGGGGCAUUGAGCAAAUCCUGUGAUAACCUCAUUUCAGAUGUAAUGGAUCCCGACCCUCCCCACGGACACACAUGGAGCACAGCCGGUGGCGCCUCUCAGUCAGAAAUUCUCCCAGCCUUACAAGAGAAGUUCCGAGGUUUGGAAUUACAGUACGCAAUCUCAGGUCAAAGCGCGGGAGCCGGCACGCUCAACGAACGAGUAGACAGCAGCCCGACUCUGCCCGAGAGAGAGAUCAUCUUUGUGAAACUGAAGAAAGAUCCUCAAGUUGGCUUUGGGUUUGUCAUCGUCGGAGGUGAGAGCACGGGGAAAUUAGAUCUGGGUAUUUUCAUUGCGUCAGUGAUCCCGGGAGGACCCGCGGAAAAGGAGGGACACAUCAAAACAGGGAGCCGUCUGAUCUCCAUCAACAGCGUGAGCCUGGAGGGAGUGACUUUCAGAACGGCAGCGGACAUUCUGCAGAAUUCCCCUGACGAGGUGGCACUCAUCAUUUCUCAGUCCAAAGAUACGGUUGAUACCGUGAGUGGAGACACUGAAAAAGCUACCAUCGCUGAUUUGCAUGAAGAAUACACACACAACAAUGAAUUGUCUGACGCUGAGCAAAAAAUGAGCCACGAUCAGGUGGAGCCUGAGAUAACGGAGCCCAAGACUCUUAAGAUCGAAUCACCAUGUCCCCAGGCCAGUGCGUUGGAUGCACAGAUAAGUGCUGGCUCCCAGAACAGGUGUCAGACACCAACAAAAGCAAAGGACCAACACACAGGGGAGAAAUACUGUGUAGAGUUGGUGAAAAUAGACAACAGCCUCGGUGUUAAUGUCACAGGCGGGGUGAACACCAGCGUGAAGCAGGGUGGGAUAUACAUAAAGGCUAUCAUUCCUGGAGGAGCAGCUGACAUUGAUAAUCAAAUUAGGAAAGGGGAUCGCCUGCUGGAGGUGGAUGGGAUCAGUCUGCAGGGAAUCACUCAUAAGCAGGCCAUCGAGUGCUUGAAGAACACCGGGCAGGUGGUGAGGUUGGUGUUGGAGAGAGGACAGCAGCCGGCAGCAACUGGGAGCAACACUCCAGAAAGCGAACAGGAGCUCGUACUCACUGUCACAAGCCAAUGGAACGAAGAUGAAUAUCCUGAGGUUUCCAAAGCAACAACCUUGCCUAUCAUUCCCAAGGACGACGACUUCACAACAGAUGCAGGUACCACGUUCGAGGUGAGGCUGAGGAAGAACUCGGGAGGCUUGGGGUUCAGUUUCCUGCAGAUGACAUAUCCGAACAUCGAGGACCCGGGAGGCGGAGGUUUGGUGAGAAUAAAAAAGCUGUUUCCCGGGCAACCAGCGGAGGAGAGUGGUCAGAUUAAGGUUGGGGAUGUCAUUCUCGCAGUCAACGGAGCAGUAGUGCAGGGUCUAUCGUAUCAGGAAGUCCUUCACUUACUGCGAGGAGCACCAUCUGAAGUAGCCAUCACCAUGCACAGACCAGCACCAGGAACCCUUCCUGAAAUCGACCCCAAUCGAAUGACUCCAGCUGCUUCUCCGAUCAAGGAACAUUCUGUACUGUGUUCACCUGAUUCACAGCUGGACAAGACUGUGACAGAGCCAGAGGCAAAGACUUACCUGAACCAGGAGGUGAAAGACCAGCUAAAUGGCUCAACUGAGCAGCGUCAGUGUGAUCUCAGUGAACCUGGGAGUGACGAAAGUGAGGAGGCUGAGGACUACAUCUCUCGUUCAGAGAGCUACCCUCCUGAAGAGUACCAGAACUUUGAAGACAUUCCACUCAUUGAGAUGAAUCUGGCUCUGAUCACUGCUCUGGCUAAUGACCUGAGGCAGAACUGUUACUCAUCCUGCGAUGUAAAAGUCGAUGAAAACCUUCAGAACAGUACGUUAGGUGACUACAAUGGCCCAGCAUCAGCAGUCUACUAUCACAAGCCCCAAGUGGCUUCUCCAACAUCGCUGGAUGAAGAGUACCUGAACAUCAGCAGUGCCUCAGUCUCCUCAAACUUCUCUUGUGAUAGUACUGAGAUUCAGCUGCCUUACAGAUUCAGCCCACAGCCCCAGGCCUCAUGGGAGAACACCAGCAACAAGUCUGAGUGGGAGGAUGUGGAGGAAAUGGAACAGGAAUUGGAUCCUCAAGCAAGAGUGAUGAAUGAAGAUGAGGAAGAGCCUAAGCAAUCCAAAACCCAGGAGUUUGAGAUGUUUGUGACUCUGAAGAAAAACAAGAAAGGCAGCCUAGGCUUCACGAUGGUUCGCAGUAAACUGGACAAUUGCUACUACAUCAGAGAUGUCCUGGAUAAUCCCGCCAAGGGCGACGGGAGACUGAGGGCUGGUGACAAGCUGAUAACGGUAAAUGGCUUCGAUGUUACAAACGUCUCGCACGAGGACGCCAUUGACCUGCUUAGAUCCGUUCCUGAUAAAUUGACCCUCAUGGUUGGCCGAGCUGCCCAGAACCUGCUUCUACCACCACCUUUGGACAAGAUUCCAGAUAUUGUCAUCCAGAGAGGUCCGAACGGCCAGUUGGGUCUGAAGUUAACGGGGGGGAUAGGCAGUAAAUGGCAAGGCGUUUACGUGCUGCAAAUCGUGCCAAAUUCUCCGGCCAGUGCAGAAGGAAGCCUGCAACCCAACGACAGGAUCUGUUACAUCUGCGGCUUGUGCACCAUGGGCAUGAGCUUGGACGACGCAGUGAGGAUCUGCGAGUCCGAGAACAAGCAAAUCAAGUUCAAAGCCACCAGGGAUGAUAAACCAGUGAUACCGAAAGGAAGAUCGAGCGGCUCCAGUGAACGUAAGCUGCCAUUAAGGCUGCCCGUGAUGGAGAGCCAAGCCCAGGUUGAAUGCAAAAAGAAAACAACUCUGGAUGGUAACAAGUCUCGAGAGGAGCGUGAGCAAUCUGAGAGUCGUUUCGAAUCAAUUUCACACAGUAAGAACAGCGUAAUCCAAAUUGACCUGGACAAACCACCGAAGGGGAGUCUGGGCUUUGCGCUGGUGGGUGGUAACGAGGGAAGCGCUCUGCGUGUGAAGGCGAUUAGCCCCAGCGGCGUGGCACACCGCGAUGGAAGACUGCAAAUCGGAGAUUCUCUCCUGCAGGUGAACGGAGAGAAUCUACUCGGCCUGUCUCACAGCCGGGCUGUUGAGAUUCUGUGCAGUGCUCAAGGUAACGUGCGGUUGAUUAUAAGCCGGGAUCUGUCCAGCCACAAGAAAGAUAAUCACCCUGAAAUGAAAUCUUCCUUCAAAAGAGCAGAUAAAGCAACACGGCAACAAAGCGAAGGGCGAAAUGGAGGAGCUGGAGAUUGCAGUGAGUGGUCUGGGAUCAAUACUUUUCAUCUGAAGCUCCGUACUCAGGGGCAAAGCAAGAUAUCCAGCCUCCACUGCUCAAAUGGCCUGAACAACAACAGCGACAGCUCAUCAUCCUCAGUCAGCCAUGAGCAGGUAGCACAGCACCAGUCAGCAGGACAGCCUCAAGCUGACAAGCCAGAGAACGGACGAGGCAUUAAGGAAGAUUAUAAUUCCGAUGGCUGGAGCAGCGAUGAUGACCCUCCUCGCUCUUCUUGCAGAGCAACCGCACCACCUACAGGUAGACCUGUAGUGACUGAGGAGGAGCUGAUGAGCCUGUCAGUGGUGACCCCUCCAGAAGGCAGUCAGUACUCUGGAAGCAGCCUCAAGGUGCUCAUUGAAACCCUCCGACAACAGCUGGAAGAGCAACAGCCACUCAAAGAAUUCAUGGCUUUGGAACAUCUGCAACCGAUUGAUGACUGUCUGGUGGGAAAAGCUCCGGAAAACAGGGAAAAGAACAGAUACAGAGAUAUCCUUCCCUAUGAUGAAACUCGUGUCCACAUUGGUGACCACGACUAUAUCAACGCCAGCUACAUCCAGAUGCCAGUUGGUGCCACAAAGCGUUUAUACAUUGCUUGCCAGGGCCCUCUGCCAGGCACAACAAGUGACUUCUGGCAAAUGAUCUGGGAGAGCAAAGCCACACUCAUUGCUAUGAUGACCCGUGAACACGAGAGGGGAAAGGUAAAAUGUCACCGAUACUGGCCUGACACAGCCUCACAGCCAAUGAUGGUCGGCAAGUAUCAGCUGAGGCUAGAAAAUGACCAAGCACUGGAUUCCUUCAACGUGAAGUCCUUGAAGUUGGUUGACAAUGAGACCGGAGAAGCACGUGACAUUAAACACCUACAUUUUGUAACGUGGUCCGACCACGGCACUCCUCAGUCUUCAGAGCAACUUGUGCGGUUCAUUCUGUACAUGAGGCACGUCCACCGCUUGGGGCCAGUGGUAGUUCACUGCAGUGCAGGGAUUGGAAGAGCUGGAGUGCUCAUCUGUACAGAUGUGCUAUUAAGCCUGAUUGACAAAAAUCUCAGUUUUGAGAUCAUGGCUAUCGUGAGGGAAAUGAGGAAACAGCGUCAUGGAAUGAUACAAACCAAGGAUCAGUACCUGUUCUGCUACAAAGUGGUGUUGGAAAUUCUACAGAGCCUUCAACGACCUGACCAGCGGUAAUGGGGGAGACUCCAGAGCGAAGGCGAUGCUCUGAAGGGUGCAGAGAGGUCGUGUUGCACUCAAUGAAAGGCCACGCUAGAAAGGACCCUUGAUCGAGGAAGGAACCGUACGCACUCUCCCAGGAGGAAGAAACAAUGCUGGGAUUUCGGCAUCCAGCUCUCAGUCAGAACUUAAGGAACGAGAACGGCAGCCACGUCGUGCACAGCAUCACACGGGUUGAGCAGCUCGCGAACACUGAACUCAUUUACAAAAAUAGCCCUUUAAGUCGGUGCGCUCCGUGCAAACAUUAAUCAAAGUUCCUGCAUAUUCCGCUAAUUCAAUAACAGUUCCCACACUUUGUGCGACACUGAGCUAAAUACAGCUGAAGUGUUCAUGUCUGAAAUAGGCUGAUCACAUGCACUGUGCUCACUGAAGGUUUCCCAUGCGUACGUAGUCCCUCAAUAUAAAUUGUUGUAACUGACACUUAAAAUUCUGUGAAUUUUAAAGCUUUAAUCGGGUACAUUUUUGCGUCAAGAGUUUUGAGGGCGGAUUUUAUGCGAUUUAUUUGCACAGACAGUGAUUCCUUGAUGCACUGCAUUAAUCCUAAUGCAGCUCAAUGCGUCGCUCACUGCUUUCAACAAUCUCCUCUCUAACGAAUGCUUCCAAUCACCUCUCCAUUCUUCCCACCAUUGUACACUGUACAAACAGCAAGUUGCUCUAAUUUGAAACGAGUGCCAUCUUACAUUGAAAUCACUGAACAAAAACAGUAUGGCAAUUUAUCAUGGUUUGGUGGUGGGGGGUAUUAACAUGAGGAUAUAUCGGAAUGACGUGUAUUCCAUCAGCUAAUGUUUGUAAUAUAGGCACUAAAAUACAACAAACUCAUUAGCUUUACCACUUUCAGCAACAAUUUAUCACAGCGGAGUCUUAAUUUGCGCUAUUUCUCAAGGGUUUCCUAAACAAUAAAUUAGCAUCUCACAAGUGGGGGCUCUGAUGAGGAUAUCAUCAGAUAUCUGAGGAGAUUUCUUGAUAAGGAAUCCCAUUAAGAAAUACCGCAGUUUAGACCUGUUUUUUGUAGGAACUACUUUUACAAAAUUUACCAGUAUUAUAUUUAUAAUAUGAUGCAGAAUGCUGGAUAAUAUUCAAGAGACUUACAGAUUUAACACAAGUUUGCUUGUUUGAAUACUCAAUAUCUAUGUGAUUAAUGAGUUUCCGCCACUGGUACUUGUAAAGUUCUGUUAUUCCCUUUUGUACUUUUGACGGUUUGUAACACAUGACAAGAAUUAAAUAAGUAUCUU